AAUUUUAUGUACUCAAAGUGCAUGAGACGUAAUAACAAUUUAUGCGGAAUAUAUUCCUCAACAACACCGUGUCACAUUGAAUCUGAAUAAACCAUGGGUCUCCAUGGAGCUCACUAUUAUGGAUGAAGUGGCGUUCCACAAUAUGUAUUCGUCGUCUCAAAUCUAAAAUUUAACGCAAUGUCGUCCGUGAUAUUGCGCUCUAUGGCCCCGAAUGUUGGCCGAUUAUAAAAGACUGAUCACGACAAGCCGAUCCCAUUUUUGAACGGAACAAAGGCUAAAGGAAAAGAAUAAUGGCCUAAAAUGCAACAUAAACUGUUACUAGAAAAAUAAACAUUGAGAAUGUAUAAAGCAGACGUCUGAAGGCUCAGUUCAAAUAAAUCAGUAAUGUUUCAACAAAUGCAUGUAUCGAAAUCAAAUCGAGCAAUCGGUCGAUGAGAUAUUCUUUUAAAAUAUCUUAAACAAAACGGGAAGCCUUGCACUGACGGCAAAUGAAAAAUUGUGGUGAUAUAAUUUAUUUGUUGAUUACACAUAGUAAAUUACAAUAUAAAUGUUGGCUCAAUGUAUUUUCUCAUAAUAGAUCCUCGAUUAGUAAUUACUUGCAACUACACCAUAUACUCUAAACGCCCAACUGUCAACUAGGAAAUGAUACCUCUCUUGAACGUCAGUUCCUCUCUACGAGAAGGGCCGGUGUCCAAUGCUUUUGAUUUUUUUUCGAAUAUUCAGAUAAAUUCAAACGAGGCCAACAUUUCUGAUUAAAAACCACAUCAACAGAAAGACCACAUUUUCAAGUGCUCCCAGUUGUGUCUAUGUUCUAUAUUUACUAUUUGAGAUUCAAGCAAUACUGAGUAUCUUAUCUCACGCUUAUAAAAUAAUGUUAUUUGUACAAUCAGAAAAGUUAUAUAAAUACUACUUUAUUGUCAAAGGCAUCGCUAGAGUCAUUUUUUUUGUCAAGUAAGUCAAGGGUGAGGUUAGUUUCCAACUAUGCGACCUGUCUAUAUAAAAUGUUUGAAAUUUUCGAGAGGCAAAUAAUGUCCUAGGUUAUAUUCAGAACUUCCUCACAUUUUUCAAACUUCUAUGUGGGAUGAAAUAUCACAUAACAAUGAAAAGCGCUAUCCUAACACUAUCUAGAAUCAAUGAACAAGUUGCUAAGCAAUGAAUCAAGAAGCAGCUUCCAGCUUCCAACGUGCUUGUAUUUAUUUUAGUUGGAAAUUUCUGUAUGCUUAAGAAAUAAUUAUCGUCAUGAAAACAGGAUAAACUUUUGAGAAAUAGUUGACACGUACAAAUGGAAUGAUCAUUCACCGUAUAUGGAAGCAUAAAACCUUUCACACUUGAUGGGAGCAACUCUUGGUUGUUCGAUUUAUUUCCAUGUCGAAUUAUGUGUCACUGCCAGAGAAACAAAUCAGUAUCAUUUCUGUUGGAAUCAAUGUGCAUAUCAACUGACCAGAUGCAAGGCUGAAAGAUCUGGAAGUAGGGAACAUAAUAAAGUUGCUAACGGUUAUAAGCCUGCUUGAGAUACUCUGAUCAAUAGGUACACUAUAACCAAUAAAAGGGACACAGUAGUUCUUCAAGGACGCGGUGCGAUUUUCCCUUAACCGAAUAAUAAUAAUAAGUGACGUAGUCAGUUUUGAUGAACUGUGAGGGAAAAUGUUAGUUUCGGAAGCUAUGAAUGGCGGAUGUCAAUUUUGGAUGAGUGCCUGAGUAAAACAUUGCCGCCUUCAAGGCCACGAUUCAAAUUGGAGUCUUUCACAAUUUAUUACUUUUGUUGUCAGUGGCUGUCAACAACGUUCCAUAUCCCACACGAUGAACUGAGUGACUCUUUUUUUGGUACUUACACUAUGAAACUUUGAUGAAAGCAAAGAAGAAUUUAAGUUAAAAUAGUGGCCAAGAGUUCAAUCACGAUAUAUGGUUUUUCGAUAAUGUUUUUGUCAUGUGAGUGUAUGUAAAAUACAUUUUUUUUUAUUGUAGCCAAUGUUCGCGAUUUACUAGCAUGGUUCAUUGCAGCACGUUCGAAAAGUGCGGUACAUGAUUGGGGAAAAUCAAAAAUAAUUACUCUGCCUAAAGUGAUGUUUAUCCUAGCGUUACAAGUUUCCUCAUCCCGACAUAGGUCAUCAAGAUCAUCAAGCAAUUCUUAAGAAAAACACGAGCUAUAUUCUUUUUUUUUUUAGUUUCCAUCCCUUGAGCACGGCCACUCCAUAUGCAUGAAGAGUGCAGAUCACCUCUGACGAUCAAGCGGAAAAACUCAACACAUAUGACUUGGGAAUCUAUGUAAAUUGAAACGAUAGUCAAUCGCAGAGACUAUUUGUUUCGGGAAAAUGAAUUUCCUCAACCAACAUAGACGACGUCUCGGAAAACGCCAUUGGCCAAUUUCAAAGUCUUGGCGCUCUUGAAAAGUUCGCCUUCGAAUUUUCAGUGUAUGUUGGUUUCCUCUAGUUUUUGUUCGAAGUGAAGAUGGGGGGAGAGUUUUCUUUUCAGUUCUAAAUUUGUUCGUGUGCACGCCUGCCAUUUUCGCGUGCUUUACGUUAAUGUGCUCUUACUAAAAACUGAACUCUGGCUAAAUCCUCUCACAUGAGUAUUAUACCCGUUUUAAGAUGCCGUCUAAAAGACAUGGGCCAUCGCGAACAGUAUUACUGAUCGUUCUAUGUUUUUUUUGAGACUUUACGGGAAAAAAGUACAAAAUACCGAGAGAAAAUUUUAUCGAACAGUUGUGCGCGGUUUUGGAAAACGUUGUUAACAAUUUUAAUUUCUGUAUCUAAAUUAAUUUUCUUUUUUCACAUCUAUAUGAGCCUAGCGUGAAAAUUCGGAGUACAAAGAAAUUCCAAAUUUUUCUUUAAAUCGAUUGUAUUCUUGUAAAUUAAACUUAAUCAGAUUUACGACGAACCGGUAUUGGCGCAUGUCGUCGAAGGGCCUGCGUCCUAGUUAAGCUAGAAAGAGUUCGGUGUGUGAAAAACUAUCGUUAAUAUAUUCGUACUAUACUUCUGAAAAUCGUUACCUCAACAGCAAGUGUACAUCAUUACAUUCUUGUGCAACAUCCCAGAAUAUUCUCCGGAAUAUAAGUGUCGGAGUGUCAAUGAAUCCUUGAACUAAAAUUUUUAAAAAUGCGCAUGUCUUGAAAAACUGACUGGUCUUUUAAUAACGCUGAUACAAUUAUUGUCAAUCUCACAUUUUUAUCUUCUUUAAAGUGCAAGGGAAUUUCCACUGAAAAUAAUUUAUAAUGAUCUGUCGCACUAACUACAGCAGAGAUGUGCUAAAGAUUCGCAUUUUCCAUUCUAUGCGCUUUCGUAAAUGAUGAGAAAAUGCCAGUUGAUUUUUCAAUUUCGCUCAACCUAAAAUUUGUUUUACGCGUUUGACCAAACACCUAAUAUUACUUUAAAAAAAUGAAUCUUUGAAUUGAUUAGAAACAUUGUUAAUUUCAUCCUGCUGAAUACAUCUUCCCUGAUUAUUGAAAGAAAUAUAGUUUUUGAAGUGUUGUGUAUAAAAAUUAAACGGCACCUGUAAUUUGAAGCUCCAAAUAAACGCAUACAGUGAAAAGUGCUGUGGAAGUUACGUUGGUGUUACGAAAUUGUAUUAGUGAUACUGAAAAUGUCUACACAGUCGCCUUCAUUGAGUGACCCCAUUAACAACAGUAAUCUGAAUAAUAGCAGCAAUGAUGCUUCGGUCUCAUUAGCACCAGUAACGUCAAAUGAUUCUAUAGUAUCGAAUUGUACCCCACGGAACGUCCUUUUUUGCUGUUCAAGUCCAAUCUGUCUAAAUACCUCUACAAUUCCAAAAAUAGUUCCGGUCGAUUAUAAACAAACAAUGGAUGAAACCGCAUUACUACCAUCUUCUAUUAUAGAUAUUAGUGAAGCUUAUAACGAUAUGAAUUGCAACCACCAAAAAGGAGAAGAUGUGCCAACCGAAGCACAAACGAUUUAUCCCAUUUCGGUACCAAAUUUGAACGAUAUCGGAAUGACCAGUACGAAUGGAAUUAUUAUCAAUGAAAAUCUAGAAGCGGCAAAGAUUCAGAAACACAAAACUCCACCACCUGAUGUGAAAAUCGGUGGUGUUGUGUUGAAGCGCAUCGGACCGCCAAAAACGACAGUUCAAAUAAAAAAAAACGAAGGACCAAUGUUGGGAGUGGUUCUUCGUAAAGUUGAAAAGAAAUUCGUUCCACAAAAAAGCAUACUCGAUGAUGACAAACCGCUUUAUCAUAUUUCAAUUGUUCGAAGUACUGAUAAUAAUUCCAAAUCGAGUGGUUCUAAGCAAAUGGGUUCAAGCAAUACCACGAAAACAGUAACAAAAUCAUUCACUGCAACAACUGCUUCGCUUGCUGAACAGGCUCGAAAGAAUAAGGAAAAAGCAGAAAAUAAUGCUUUGCCAUUAACUAACAAACAAUCAUCAACUGCUAAUGCUUCUAGCGCUGCUAAUGUCAACAAACAAGCCCCUCACAGUCACCACCACCAACCCAAAUCUCGAGCACCAAUAACAAUUCAAAAAAUUGAGGGGGAUAAAAUUAUCAUUAUUAAAAAGAUACCUGUUCCUAAAAAUGGAAAAAUCCCAGAUCAUAUAUUGAAGAGCGUUUCGCCUAGGAAAACAAACUAUGCUCAAAUUUUUUUCCAGAAUCGUAUUUCAACUUACGAUUUUCCCAAUCUUUGCGAAAAUGAGUUGAGUAAGCUCCCUACAUUCUGUAAUUACAAUCAGCCAAAAUUAUUUCUUCCACAAUUAAGUAAAGCUCGGGAUAGGGAAGAACAAAGUUCCGUUAAUAUGAGCAAUCCAAAAAUAAUGGAAAAAUCUACACCUUCAAGAUCUUCUCAACCUCCGGCAUUGCCUCCCAAGUCAUCAUCAUCAACAAGAAUUAAUUUCUACAAUGUGACACAUCAAGAAAUGAAGCCCGGAGGGAAGACACCAAUGGCAGAAAUGAUAGGAUCAACACCUCCAUCAGCCCAACGUCCGACAGUAGCAUCGGAAACAACGAAUAUACCUGAACAUAGCACCGUUGGGAUAGCAAAACUCCCUACUAAUUUGUCUAAGUUGACUUUCAGUGAGAACCAUGAAAAACCGCAGCAAAAUACAAUUCCCACCAAAAAGCAGCGUACGCCAUCACUGUCAACGUCACUUUCUUCUUCCGCCUCAUCUUCAUCUUGUUCACCACCGGUACAGUCAGCCGUUCGCGCUACCCCUCCAUUCCCAUCCCAGAAAUCAUCGUCUUCUAAAAUGCUAUCUGACCUUGCAAAAAUUUUAAAUAAUAGUGAAAGUUCAUCGACUGCCAAUCAAAGUCGAAAUAAUCACCCACAACGAAGCGACAACAGUACACAACCAACAUACAAGAGUAACUAUAAAUGCCCGCCAGAUAAGGAAAUUCAGGCAAUUAAAUCGGUAACUUGUUCGCAACAGCAACAGCCGCAUGUAUCCGUGCAACCAAAUAAACACGUGAAUCCAACUCUCACCAGUGAUAUCUACAAUGCCGAUAUAGAUUACAUGAAUACUUAUCUGAAAAGUCUUCCCGAUUACAGUGAACUUGACAAGAAAAUACACAAAGAAUUCAAAAAAUGUGAAGAUCUAUAUGAUCAAAUAAAGAGCAUAAAUAGUGGGAUCGUGGCGCAGAAGAAUCAGUUGGCAAAAUCAACUUCACACCAAAGUAUUGGGUCAGGAUUCGGAGCAGUUGGCGAUGUUUCGCAUAGCGGUCUUAGCACCCAAAACAAACUAAGUCGAAGUAUAUCAAGUACAACUAUGCCAAAUCAAAAUUUCCCUUUGGAUCAUCCUGAAAUUCGUGGAUUUUUGCCGAAAUUGGAAAAAUUUGGAGUGAGCGAAAGCUCAUUUGGAGUAAAGAAAGGAGUUCAAAAAAGUGCUUCCAAUUCAUGUAUCAAUCUGAGGCCCAUGGGAAAACAAUUGAUGAAUGCUUUCUGGUCGAAUAAUAUCAAUGGGAAAGAUCAAAAGAAAUCUGGCUGGAAUUAUGAAAAAAUCAUUGCUGCUACACCAACGAAAGAAACUUCCGCACCUAGAUUUGAACCAGAGCCUGUUAAAUUGCAAAAAAACAUGUCUCUUCCACAAUUAAAUUGUAAAUCCAUUAAUCAAAAUCAAAAAGGAUCGAUUCAAGCUUUGCAGCCAAGUUCAAAAUGUGGGCAAGCAUACCCACAACAGCCUCAACAACUUGCUCAGUGUCAACCACCAGGAUUUAUGAACUUAAGUAAAAGCAUCUCGUAUUCUAAUGUGCCACAAGGAAUCAAAUCGUCCAGUAAAACUAGUAUACCGUGCUAUGCAAAGCCAACAAUCUCUACCCUGAAUAAAAGCUGCUCGAAUGGUCACUUGCCGAUGAUGCGGCCAUCAACAGCUGGCGGACCAUUUUCAAAUCAGGGUCCUCCCUCGAAAAAUGUUAUGAAGAGUUCAUCAAGUAGUUCCAUUUUCUCCGCCAAGCAAACCAAUCAGCCGUUUUUCUUGCGACGCAAAGAAGCUUCUAAUGUUCAGCUGGCACCUAACGUUAAGCAAAUUGCUACGCGAAAUACGGAUUCAGUAAAAUCAACUUGUCAACAACAAAUAAACCACAAACCUCAAGAGGCAGUUACCUCAUAUAUAUGCAACAUUUUCAAAAGACCAGUGGUACCUGGUCAUAAAGAUAGCGGGAAUGGCGGUUUCGUCUCCAACGAGAAUAAGGCUGUGAUUAACGUAGGUAAACAAGGUCCAAAAACGCUGCCUUCAAAGCAACAAACGCAGCAGGCAACUUCCAUAGAGAUGGCAGCUACAAAAAAGCAGAAAAAUGCGGAGAAUCAUUUUGAAAAACGAUUAAAUGACAUAUUGAGAAUCACUGCGAAUUUCAAUCAACAAAGCAAAGAGAAAAAUGCAUUUCCCAUAAAAAAAUCCAAUAGCACCUCCGCUGUGCCGCAGACUAGCAUGUUUAGACAACCUCAUCAACAAGCACAAGCUCAACGAUUUGUCAAGCGCCCUAUUGAUGCAAAAAAUAUUGGCUUGAAGAUUGGAGGAGGUACGCAUCAAACGACCGAACAAAGUCAAGUCAAUUCUGCCAUCGUGACUAAAAAUGAAUCCCAGACACACCAAUAUCAAUCUGCCCCAGGUGCCACGCCAGAUGCAACUAACGUGCAUGACAAAACUCGUCCUAGCAAUGCGGCCCUAACCUAUUCCUCUAAAGGGUUGAAUAAAUCAAAUGGUGUUAAUGUCACUAAUAACGGCUCUAAGAUGGUUGCCAAAUAUCUUGCAAGUGGGCAAACACCGACCGGUGCAACCACAACUCCGUUGUCUACUUUCACAUGCGCUGCAGCCAGCAGUAAUAGCGACGAAGUGUCAGUAGCUCAGAAGAGGCCGCAAGUCAACAAAACCAGCUGCGGAACUACUGGCAAUAAUCAAAGAGCACUGAAUCAGGGCGAGUUGAAAGGAAACGACCAUAAAGGCGGCAACAACAAUCCUUAUUAUGACGAUAAUAUGCGCACUGACAUUUUGCGAACAUUCGAUCCAUACUUUUAUCCUAAACCGAAGCAACAUCAACAACAGAAUCAAGGUAAAGGCUUACCACAAGCAAUGCCACAGUUACAACAGACACUGCAAUGUGGGACUCACCAGCAACAGGCGCAGUUGCAGUUGCAGUCUUUGCAACAACAGCUGCAGCCAGCGCCAUUAAACCAAUCGCUGCCAAUGGGCUUCGGUUGUCAUCAGCCCCCGCAGCAACCAUUCCCUCCGACCAGCAACCACCAAAGAGCGAACAACAAUAAUUUCAAUUCGAUAAAAAUCUUUGAGAUUUUUGCGUGGGAUCAUUGUGAGAGCGGAUUUUUCAAUGCCAAUAUGGCGGCAUCUGCGAUUGUAGCUGAUCCGCCGAAAUCUUCGACUAAAGAUCAGUCUGCGUUGGGUGCGUUAAACGCAGAAACUGUCGGGAAUUCGACGCAACGCCGACAUCGGUAUACUCGUAGCUCAACGACAAGUGUAACACAAUUGUUAACCGAUAGUUGCAACAGUAUCUUGCAAAGAUUUCGGCGUAAUCCUAGUGAACGACCCGAAAAAAAGUCGAAUAACAAUCGUUCCGUAUUAAGUCCGUCGCAAUCCUCGUCAUUGAUUUGUGAGAAAGGAAAAGAGCGAAGUGGCGAAGGGCAAUUUGGGAACGAGCAGGAGCAAUCGGCAGUGGGUGGAGAAGAUUCAAUGAGUAGACGAAUCGGUGCAACAAAUUUAUCAUCCGGUUAUGGAAGCUAUAAAUCGGAUGCAAAGUCGACGGGAUCAGCUUUGGAUCGAUUGCGUAAUAAUUUAAGUCCAGUUAGCUCGUAUUACAAACCGUUGAUGCGAACAUUUGGGAAACGUGAUGAGUCGCCAAAACGGAAAGAUGGAGUCGACAAGGAUAAAACACCGGUACCCGAAGAUAAACCGAUGUCAACAAUAUCGCGGCUCGAAUCCAAAUAUUCCGAUGUGCUCGAUCGGUUCGCUCGGAAACGUGAAGGUGCUAAUGUUAGAAGACGACAAGAAAUCGAUCGCGAUAAAACUUUAGAACCUGAUAGAAAUGGUAUAGCAACAAAUUCUACUUGCACAACAUCGGCUGGGUUAAAUGCGCUAUCGCGAUCAGCAACAGCUGGUCAUAUUCUAGGCUUGAAGUCCUCUGGAACUGUGAAUGUUGGAUUGGGACCAUCUUCCUCAUACAAACAUUCAGCAGCUGCGAGAGCGACUGCACGUGAUUAUGAUAAGAAGGAACGAACUCCAUAUAGACUGACUAAGGACAAAAAUAGACAUUUAAAUUUAUUGGACUCGGGAUAUAGUAGUUCUGCCACUAAACCCCGAUCAGAAUUAGGCUUAUUAACUAACAAUUUAGAUUAUCCUGAAAGCAGUCGCUACAGGUCUAGAUUGAAUAAUUACGAUAGUUCAACUAAUCGCUAUAAAGACACUAUUUAUGACGCGCUGGCUUCUAGCGGUCACAGAACAGGGCACAAUAACGAUUCUUCGUAUUUGGCACGAUCUGCAGCAGACUAUGGGUACUAUGACGCUUCACGCAUUGGGAAAGAGAAUAUUUACAAAUCGAAAUAUGACCCAGAUGUACUCCGUGCAGAACUGGCUGACAAUACUGAUGUGCCAUCCGAAUACACCAGCAUUAGACCACGGGUUGGAGUAACUAAUAAGCCCAGAAGGCAAUUCAAAUCGUAUCGUCACCGAAAUAAUGAUCAUAAUGAUGGUGAGCGUCGCCAUACCACACACUACAAUAAUGAAGACAAUGGCAUUGACAGCCGCACCUAUCACCCUAGUUCUACUGUAAACAACCUGCUUAGAAGCCGGAAAAGUUUGGGUGGAGGUCUACAACGCUCCCAAACUCAACAGUUUUUCGAUUCUGAGUUCCAAUACAUUGACGAUGACGACGAUCGGUCAUCGGCUGAUGUUGUAGCCAUCAUUGCAGCUUUAGAAGAAGAUAAUAACCACGCUGGAGCGAAAGCUUUCAAGGAACGCAUAGCCAAACGUAAAGAGAUAAAAAAUUUGAUGAUGAAAUAUGCACAACCUGAUGAAAAUAGCAAUCAUGCUUCCGCCAAUAACACUACUGCUCUAGACUCUACAACUCAUCAGAAAGAUAUCGAAUCUAGUACCCACUUGAAAGCCAAAGCUCUAGCCACACUAGGACACGAUAAUCACUAUUAUAGUGAUAUUUUGAAUAAUAAUGCUUUAGCAGCAAUUGGUCGAAGUCAUGCACUUGCUGGAACAAGUGGGCACGGCCUUGGUGCUGCGGGAGUCUUAGGAUCUUCCGGGUCUUCCCGGUUGGGUUAUAAUCAUCCUAAUAACAAAUUUUUACCGCUGGCUAAAACGUCAUCGACGUCGUCAAUCUUAUCCAGGUCACGCAUUCCAAGGGCUUUUCAGCAGAAACCAACCAUUCAAGAUGAUGCCGAUGGCCAUUUGAUCUAUCAAGUCGGCGAUGUUCUUCAUGACAUAUAUAAGAUUAUGACUACCCUGGGAGAGGGUACAUUCGGUCAAGUUGUUAAAGUUAAGGAUUUGGAAAGGGACCAUUGUAUGGCUUUGAAGAUUAUUAAAAAUGUAGAGAAAUAUCGCGAAGCAGCAAAACUGGAGAUUAACGUGCUCGAAAAACUUUCACAGAAAGACCCCAACUGUGAUCACUUGUGCGUGAGAAUGUUAGAUUGGUUUGAUUACCAUGGACAUAUGUGUAUAGCGUUCGAAAUGCUGGGCUUAAGUGUUUUCGAUUUCUUGCGUGAGAACAAUUAUGAACCGUACCCAUUGGAACAAGUUCGGCACAUAGGAUAUCAGCUUUGCUACUCAGUCAAAUUUCUACACGACAAUAGGCUUACGCAUACAGAUUUGAAGCCUGAAAAUAUUUUAUUUGUUGAUUCGGAAUACACUACUCAUUACAAUCAUAAGAAGAAUCGCGAAGUGCGCCGCGUCAAAUGCACAGAUAUACGUUUGAUUGAUUUCGGCAGCGCCACUUUCGAUCAUGAGCAUCAUAGUACAAUUGUAUCGACUCGUCAUUAUCGUGCACCCGAAGUUAUCCUUGAAUUAGGAUGGUCGCAACCCUGUGAUGUAUGGUCAAUAGGAUGUAUUUUAUUUGAGUUGUAUCUCGGAAUAACUCUAUUUCAAACCCACGACAACCGUGAACAUCUGGCAAUGAUGGAAAGAAUUCUAGGACAAAUACCAUAUCGUAUGGCACGAAAAACAAAAACAAAAUUUUUCUAUCGUGGCGAACUGGAGUGGGAUGAGAAAUCAUCAGCUGGCCGUUAUAUUCGCGAUCACUGCAAGCCGUUACAUAGGUACCUGAUGACUGAUAGCGAAGAGCAUAAACAAUUGUUUGAUUUAAUUAAGAAAAUGUUAGAAUACGAACCAAGUCAGCGCAUUACGUUAGGCGAUGCAUUGCGCCAUCCUUUUUUCGAUAAGUUACCAUCUCAUCAGCGUGUCGGCGAACCGAUAAAAUCAAUAUCAGGGAGCAGCAGCCGCGAAAGAUCUCACAGUCUCUCGAGAUGAGAUACAAGUCGAUUUGGUUAUUAUUAAUUGAUCCGUAUGAAUAUAGAAAUUGAAAGGGAAACACAAUCGCAUCAAAUUUCAACAACUCAAUCGCAGAAGAGUAAUAUAGGCGCAAACAAAAAUGAAUGGAUUUUAAAAUAGGUUAAAGUAUUUUCUUUUAGCUUGUAAAAAUGCGUGCGAAUGUAAAGGAGAUCAACAGCGCGCGUAAAAAUGUGAGAAAACGAAACAAAUGAUAGAAGGCGGAUUAUCUAUUUCAUGCAGUUUUCGCAGUUAGUCUUUUUCUUGUGGAUCUUUCUAUUUUAUUCAACUUGAAUUACGUAGCAUGCAUACUUAUAUGAAAUCGAUAAUAACUUUCCUGUUGUCCCUACUUCAUUGACCAAAGCAUACCUAGCUUGAAGUUCUUUGCUUAUAAAUGUUCCGACAAUUUAUUUUUUCUUAAUAAGUAUUUUUCUAUAAAAUAUCAUAAAAUGAAGACAAAAACAUAUUUUCUUUCAUAUGAGUCCAUUUGCCUUUUACACUAGUUAUUCCGGCAGAAGUUCUCUCCGAUGUACUUUUCUCAUUUUGUUUCGUUUUCUAUUUUAUUUGCUGGUGUAAUUUUUAUUAUAAACUUAGCAGAAAUAAAUAUUGACUUUCGUUUUAAAAUAAUUUGGAUAAAGUUACAACACCUUUUGAAUUUUAUUCAAGUGUUUCAAUCAUAGUCUUAUAUGCCUUUUUCGCGGCGAAUAAUUCUAGUUUGUUGGAAAAGGUUACAAAUGUUGCUCAGUUGCCUAUGAGUUAAUUAAAAAUAACCAAAUCGUAUGUAUGACGUAAUGGAGAAUGAUGAAUUGGUCACGGUUUUACAUAACGUAAAGCGAACCCUAGCAGAUGAAAAAACGAUGUUGUUCAAGAGGGUGAACUUCUCGCUGAAAAUUACCCACUUGCUAUUUUCAAGGUUUUUGUGUUAUUCUCUGAAUUGAUUAGUUCGGAGUAGACAUAAUUUAUCGACAAUUUUGCGUUAUAUCUUUUUGGAGUACUGUACAUCCGGAAACAGUUUCACAGGAUAUUUCAGUUUCUUUUGUAUCUCAUUACAACAAAAUGUUUUGAUUUUUAUUAUAACUAUUGCUAUAUAUCUAUAGUUAGUUUUAUUCUUAAUAUUUUUUGUGAAUAAAAAUAAGUGAAUAAACGAAGGAAAAGAAA